AUGCUUACUGAUUUUACAAGACUUGUAAUCUUGGAAGUUUUUUGUUUUCAGAUAAAAGUGGUGAAGUUUUCCUUUAUAUGGACUAUAAACAACUUCAGCUUCCUCAGCCAAGAAACAAGAAAAGUAAUCAAAAGUUCAACCUUCUCAUCUUGUGCAAAUGACAAAUGGUGUCUUCAAGUAUUCCCAAGUGGUUUGGAUAAAGAAAGUGAAGACUUCUUAUCCGUCUUCCUCUUCCUCGUCAGCUCUUCAAAACGUAAAAUCACAGCAAAGUUCAAAAUAUCUAUUUUGGGUGCAAAAGGUGAAGAAGCUAUAGCAAGGGACAGCAAGAUGACAUACCAUUUUGUGAAGGGGCAAGACUGGGGAUUUAAGAAGUUUAUUCAGAGAGACUUUUUAUUCAAUAAGGCCAAUGAACUACUGCCAGAUGACAUAUUCACCCUCUUCUGUGAGGUGAGUGCAGCCCUAGACUCUGUAACUAUUUCUAGCCAGAAUACCAGUAAUAAAAUAAAAAUACCAGAAUGUCGCCUGACCGAGGAGCUUAGAGACUUAUGGGUGAAAUCCCGGUUUACAGAUUGCUCUUUUUGUGUGGUUGGCCAAGAGUUUCAAGCACAUAAAGCUAUUCUUGCAGCCCGUUCUCCUGUCUUUAGUGCCAUGUUUGAGCACAGAAUGGAAGAAGAAAUAAAGAACCAAUUUGAAAUCACUGAUGUGAAACCUGAAAUUUUUAAAGAAAUGCUGCACUUUAUUUACACGGGGAUGUCUCCUAACCUGGAUAAAGUAGCAUAUGAUUUGCUAGCAGCUGCAGACAAGUACGCAUUGGAACGUUUAAAACUAAUGUGUGAAUCUGCACUGAGCCGGAGCCUGUCUGUGGAGAAUGCUGCAGAAAUAUUAAUACUGGCAGAGCAUCACAGUACAGAUCUACUGAAGACAAAGGCUUUGGAAUUCAUCAACCACCAUGCAGCUGAUGUUAUAGAAACCACUGGAUGGAAAUAUUUGAUGAUCUCCUGCCCUCACUUGGUGGUACAAGCAUAUUGCUCACUGACAUUGACAGUGUCUCCUUUCUUGGGACCACCUCUUAAGAAGAUGAAAAAAUCCUAGACUUUGUCUCCAGCUUAGUCCUAGAAUAAUACGUUUUAUACGACAGCAGUACCAAUGUUAAACGGGCAUUUCAGAGACUAACACAUCCAGCUUAAUGUGGGGUUGAACAGGGCAGAGAAUGUGCUCUGUGAAAUAAUUUUUAAUAUCAGUGAUUAAGUUUAUGAAG